GGCAAGACGGCCCUGCGCCGCCAGUUCCAGACUUCCGAGUACACCAACGCCUACGAACUGACCUUAGACUACGACGAAGAGUGGCGCAUGGUGUCUGUGUGUCUGGACGGCGCUGAAAUGGAGCUCACCGUCGAGAAGCAGACCAGCUCCAUUUUGGAGAUGCCGGACGAGGCGACGGUGCGGACGCACGACGCGCUGAUCGUGGUGUACAGCGUGACGGAUCCAGCGUCGUUCAGCGCCGCCCGCGGCCUCUGCAACCUCAUCCGCGGCUUCAACGCGCGCCGGCCCGUCAUCCUGGUGGCCAACAAGAGCGACCUGGUCAGGCUGCGGAAGGUCAGCGCCAAAGAAGGCAGGUCACUGGCUGUCCAGUUUGGCUUCAAGUACAUCGAGACAUCGGUGGUCAUCAACUCCAAUAUCGACGAACUCCUAGCGGGCAUCGUCGCUCAGAUUCGGUUUUACCACCAGUUCGAAGACCCCAACAACGCCGUUGAGCUCGCGAAGAGCGAACGUCGUCAGCAGAGGAGAGACAAGCGCAUCAAGUCGCGUACGCUGCCGUCCACCAUCGUCAAGGAAAUCUUUCACAAGGUCAUCGGCCAGAAAGAGUCGAAAUCCUGCCAGAAUUUGCUGACGGUGUAGGCUAAGACUGGAUCUGCGCGUAUAACUUCAUUUACAUGAGAAGUCACCCAUUCAUUGGUGAAUGAAGUCAUGGUGCUGAUACAUCGUCACAUCCGUUGUGUGUGUUUAUAUGCCAAAUGUAUUUAUAGGAAACCAUGACCUUGUACCUACGCCAAAGUUGUGACCUGUGUGCGUAUGUAUUUAUGAGCGUCAAUUCGUGGAUAAAAAAUACUACUGAAGGCGAGUGAAUAUUUAAAAAUACCCUUUGUUUACGAGU